CCAUGGUACUGAUGGAAGAGCUCGGGAAUCACAGUGCAGACCAAUGAGCCUACGGAGACGCUUUAAUCCUGUCUCCCUGCCCAAAGUGUUCUGGAGCCUAUCACUUGAAUUAGCCGAGUCAGGCAGGGAGGGGGCGGGGAGUCCUUCCGCCCUUCUUAGGAGGGGCUGCAUUGCAGGGGGAGGCUGAGCAGACUGACUCAGUCACUGAAGAGAGAGGGAGAAGACAAAGCCGUCAAAGCCCCAGUCGCUCUUUUUCUCCAGCCCAGAGCAGACAGCGGAGCCCUGAGGUACUCCCUGCAUCUUUGGAACACGCUAGUAAUUCACUGGUAACAGGAAGUUAUGAGGGACCCUGUGAGUAGCCAGUACAGCUCCUUUCUUUUCUGGAGGAUGCCCAUUCCAGAACUGGAUCUGUCAGAGCUGGAAGGCCUGGGUCUGUCAGAUACAUCCACCUACAAGAUCGAGGACAGCAGCGUUGGCAAAAUGACCGGGCAAGCAACCGGAGCAGAACAGGAGAAAAGCCCUGAUGGCGAUGCCCUCCUCGAGUACAGCACCUUCAACUUUUGGAGAGCGCCCAUUGCCAGCAUCCACUCCUUCGAAUUGGACUUGCUCUAAGCCCAAGACCUCUCCCGCCACCUUGCCCUCAUUGUCUGCCCUUUCAAGCCCCUUACUUUCCACCCUUUUCCCCUAUUAAUCUUGCUCUCUCCCCUCUAUUGUGUUGAGGUGGUGCUGAUGAAUCUGCCAGAAUUGUGGUUGGUUGGUUGGUCGGUUUAUUUAUUUAUUUAUUUACUUACUUAUUUAUUUAUUAUCUGUCUAUCUAUCUAUCAGUUUCUCUCAAAAGCCUAUCUAUCUAUCUUUCUUUCCUAUCGGUUUCUCUCAGAAGCCCUCAAGCCACAAAGUAAAGGGUUCAAGCAAUGGAGUAUUGGAUCACAGGGAGUCCUCCUUUCCCUCCUCCAGAUGUUAAUUCCAGAAAACAGGCCUGGUGAGGGCACCCCAGAGCGGUAUAGUAGUGAAAAUGGAGGACUGAUUUUUUUACUUCUUUUUGAACAGCUUCAGAGAUUGCUCAAACCUUCCUAAUUUCUUGCUCCAGGCUUGUGAACAAAUAUUUCUUCAAGGGUUGGUAAAAACCUUGUAGUUUUUAAUUUGAGAUUAUCUGCUACAAGACUGUGGGAUACUGUAGAAUUUCUAAAACGCUAAGGUGAUAAGACUCAUUUUUUUAAUUCUACUUCUUGUAAUACACUUUUUCUCAGAGAAAGGGGUAGUUCAAGGUAUAAAACAAGAGGAAAUAAUACAUCAUGGGAAAUGACAAUAAAGGAAAGCAUUGAAUCAUGUCAGAAAUAGGCACCCUCUCUCACAAAGGUGUUCCUUCUUCAAGCCUACUCACUUUACAAAUUUUCUUCUGUGGGUUGAAAACUCUAACAGAGGAAAAUCACUCGGAUUUCAAAUAUUAAGAUGCAGUCUUGCUGACAUUAUGAUAAUUUGUAAGGUUUUAUUCAGUUUUGAAAAGGCAUAGGAUUUGGUUGUAGUGUUUUAGUUUUGCCCUCCUGCACUUGCAGUGUAGAAUACUAAUCAAUGGGCCUCAGGCACAUUUCCUCAGCUACCUUGAAACCAAUGAAAUGAACAAUCACACUGACCCUACACCUUGUCCCCAGUCCUUCCAAAAUUACUGCUGCUGAUUUGUGCUGCCAUUUAAUCACUUCUUUAAUAAAGACAUUCAAUCCCAGA